GUCGUACUACCCGAACUAUAACGUUUGGUGCUCUAUAUACAGAUUAAAAAACAUUCUUUUCUCUUCGAACACACCAGACAGGAAUUCUUUUAUGAUUUUCGUCUCAUUCUUCUUCUCUUGUUCCUAUUUUUAAGGAAUUAUGCGGGACUAAUGACUGUCCAGUCAAUAAAAAACGAAGUCACUAUAAUGAAAGGAAUGUUCUCAACUUUCAUUUUAUCCUUCGUGUUGAUGAUGGCAUGGAGUGUCCGUGCCGAUACGACCAAUAGAAGAUUUUAUAUUAAUCAGUACUGCCGUGUAAAUAAUCUUGACUGUUUUGGCAGAUGUUUUAAUAAUACCGUUGAUCCAGAGAAUCUGAAAAUUUUUUACGAUUGCCUUCGGGAUCAAACCUCUGCAACAGGAUCAGAAGGAAUAAAACAGUUUCUCUGUCAAACUGCCACACAGGAGCAGUUAGACGAAUUUGAUGAUUGUGUACACCAAAACAUUCCUCAAUCAUUGCUUUUUCUUGGAGAAUUUGAAAGUUGCAUCUCUCAAUGUUAUAUUCGCAGUAUUACAGGUUAACAUUUUGGAUUUUUGUUAACUGUUUUUCAGUGAAAUUUUACGUAUUUUAACGAAAAAUGUAUUAAAUUCUUCUUUAAAUUUAAAUGUAAUUAAAAUAUUUAGAAGAAAAUAAAUUUGGAUUAAAGCAUUAUUUUUUUCUUCUAUGCAUAAUCAGGUACACUAGAACAUCAUUUUACUCGCGUCAUUACAGAAAAUUAACUUAAAAUUAUAAUGAAUACUUAUCUUCUACGAGAGAUCGAUUAAAAUGUAUUUAUAAUAAU